AUGGCUGAGCAAAUCGAGAAGGCAUACCAGAAGCAGCCCAUCUUCCAAAACGCCAAGGCGCGUGGCGGCAAGAAGCUCACCAAGGAGAAGCGGUGGUACAAGGAUGUCGGUCUCGGCUACAAGACGCCCAAUGAGGCCAUCACUGGCACCUACAUCGACAAGAAGUGCCCGUUCACGAGUGACGUCUCGAUCCGUGGCCGCAUCCUCACCGGCCGUGUCGUCUCCACCAAGAUGACCCGCACCCUCAUCAUCCGCCGCGACUACCUCCACUACAUCCCCAAGUACAACCGUUACGAGAAGCGCCACAAGAACCUUGCCGCACACGUCUCGCCCGCAUUCCGUGUCGAUGUCGGCGACAUCGUCACCGUUGGCCAGUGCCGACCGCUGUCAAAAACGGUCCGCUUCAACGUGAUCCGUGUGCAGAAGAACAAGGCGGCGGCCAAGGCCUUCGCCAAGUUCUGA